AUGAUCUCUAGGAAACGAGCCCGGCGUGGUGGCGGCGGCGGCGCUCCGGGCCCGUCGAGCUCCACCACAUCGCUGCAGCCUACACGCGCCAGCACUUCGUCACAGGUUAGCGACCUGUCCGCGGCCCCAGUGACCUCGCCGUCACCAUCGCAGCCCGCACUCCGACAACUCGACACCACCAGCAAGAGCCUCAGGAGCGACAGCAGUGCCGUGUCUGUCCACGAGGGCAACAAGACGGUCCACAAGACGAGGAGUUGGUACGGAUCGUGGCCUCGCAAGUCCACGCCUUCUACGUCCAUCCAGAGGGAGACAAUACUAGGCAGCCCCCUCAAGGCUGGCUCUACGCCUGAUUUCAGCCGCUUCGAACCAAAGAGGACCAGCGACGCUGCGAGCCUGAGUGGGGCGAGUCAGGCCUCGGUCAACACGAUGCCCAAGGUCCGAGAGACGGACACUGAUGAACCGGCGGCCAAGGACGAUGCAAAAGCCGCGGUGCAGGAUGGCAAAAACAAUCCUGCCUCAAAAGAUGAUGCUGCGGAUGCUGCCGACGACACCUCGAAAGACAAUGUCGCACCCGCCGCGCCCGACGUCGACAUGCAUGAACCGCCAACUGCGGAUACGCCGCAAAGACCCGCGACGUCAUCGGGCUGGUUGGGCGGCUGGUUCACAUCAAACCCAGUGCCGGAGAAAAUCACAACCGAAAACCAAACCACACUACAGGAAAACGGCCCAUCUCCAAAGGAAGGAAAUGGACGUUCCCAGACCGAGCCACUGCCUGCGCCUGAGCCUGAGAAUAAUACAGUUGCGCCAGGGGCAUCUGAGCAGCCAGUAGCUACCGGCCCACAGCGCUCUUUGACCAUGUGGAUUCCAUUCUGGUCAGGCAGCGGCGCCGCCUCUACGGCUGGCAACGAGGAGUCUGUGAAGGCCCCAGAGUCAAGUGCGGCGCCUGCAAAGGACCCCGAGGAUACGGUCAUGAGUGAUGCACCACCAGCCAAUCCCGAGCCUGCAACCAAGCCUGCGGCUGGGUCGACCUGGGCAUUCUGGUCCAAGGACACCCCAAAAUCACCCGGAGAACCAAAAAGAACCACAGAGCCGGGAGAGCUGGCUGUGAUGGGAGAUGGCUCCGAAAACCAUCCCAAGAGGGCGAAUUCAACAGAUAUGGGACGGGACCAGUCUCCGAAACCAGAACCGCCCAAAGAAGCCCCUGGAAAGAUGAAGCAGAUCAAAGACAAGGUUGCCAAGAAGAAGAGAAACAGGCCCCAGUCCAUGGACAUUGACCCUAUACCGUCACGCCCUCAGACGCCUCCUCAGUCAGACGCAGCUUCUGUCAAGGCAGAGUCGCCGAGUAAGACCAAGGCGAAAACACCGACCACGGCAACCAAACCAACACCUCCCAAUCUACUGCUGCCAUCCUUCAAGGGCACGUACAAGAUGAAGGAGAACCCAUCCAUCCUCAAACAAAUAGCCUCGUUACUCUUGCGAACCCAGCAAAAGCCCACAAAACACGUCUUCCUCACCCAGGAGCCACCAAAGGUGAAGAAGGCGCUGGCUAUAGGCGUACAUGGCCUCUUCCCGGCUACAUAUCUCAGGGCCAUGAUCGGCCAACCGACUGGCACAUCGCUCAAGUUUGCCGACCACGGCGCCGAAGGUAUCAGGAGGUGGGCCGAGAGCCAUGGCUGCGGUGACUGCGAGAUCGAGAAGGUAGCACUGGAGGGCGAGGGCAAGAUUGCCGAACGGGUUGAGAACCUGUGGAAGCUGCUUCUCAACUGGAUAGAUCACAUUAGAGCGGCUGAUCUGAUCAUCGUCUCGUGCCAUUCCCAGGGCGUCCCCGUCUCGAUCAUGCUGCUUGCCAAGCUGAUCGAGCUCCGCAUCAUCACCAAUGCCAAGAUCGGAGUCUGUGCCAUGGCAGGAGUGAAUCUGGGGCCGUUCCCUGACUACAAGUCCGGCAUGGGCAUGCUGAUGGGCAGCGCUGCAGAACUGUGGGAGUUCGCAAACCCGGAGAGCGAGGUCUCAAAGAGGUACGAGGCCUCGCUCAAGGCGGUGCUGGCCUACGGCGUCCGCAUCACAUAUGUCGGCAGCAUCGACGACCAGCUCGUCCCCAUAGAGUCGGCCGUGUACUCUCCCGCCAGCCACCCUUACAUAUACAGGGCCGUGUUCAUAGAUGGGAGGAUACACGCGCCCGAUUUCAUUGCGCACCUGGUGGGCUUCGCGUGCAAGCUCCGCAACCUGGGCGUAUCCGACCACGGCCUGAUCCGUGAGCUCUCCGUCCCUCUGGCAGGGAGCCUCUACGGUGGCGAGGGCCAUUCGCGCCUUUAUGACGAUGGCCAGGUAUAUGACCUUGCCAUCGCCCACGCGCUCGAAACCACAAAUGCGGGUGACGUCCCGUGCGAGAUCCAAAAGUUCGAAGGUCUGACCGCCUCGAACCCCUACCUGCUCCCGUGGAUCAUGCGCGGCCUGCUGGAGGAGGACUUUGUCAAGACGGAGCUGAGCGCCGAGACGGAGGAGCUGCUGAGGCAGUUUGACGACUGGAAGCCGACCACCAAGGCGCUGAAGGAUGUCAAGUAUAGACUUGAGGCGGUUAGAUCAAAGCUUUAG